UUCAAAGAGUAACAUUGUCUACCCAGAUGGGCUGAAGUUCAUUCAGAAAGGGGAAGAUAUUAGUCUGUAUUGUUCAUUUAAACAAUUUGAUGCAACAAUGAUUUCAUGGUUUAAACAAAUUCCAGGAGAAAAAACUCUUCAAAUCGCUUCUAGUUAUAAGUCUGCUACAACAUAUCAUAAUAAUUUUAAUAAGAGUGGACGCUUUAAUGCGUCAACAGAAAAAGGAAAUUUUACUCUGAAUAUCCGACAUGCAGAAGCAUCAGAUUCAGCUACGUAUAUCUGUGCAGUCUCAUAUUAUACAGAAAUGGUAUUAUCAGACUGCACAGUUUUAGUUCUCAGAGACGCACCUUCAAGUCUCUACACUGUUCUCCAGCCUCCCGUAUCAGAUCCAGUCCAACUGGGAGGAGAUACAACUCUGCAGUGUUCAAUACUCACAGAUAACUCUGCAGGAGAUCACAGUGUGUACUGGUUCAGACACGGAUCAGGAGAAUCUGAUCCAGGAAUCAUCUUCACUCAUGGAAACAGGAGUGAUCAGUGUAAGAAAAGCUCUGAGACUGUUUCUCCUACACAGAGCUGUAUCUACAAACUCCCCAAGAACAACCUCAGCCUCUCUGAUGCUGGAACUUACUACUGUGCUGUAGCUGCAUGUGGACACAUCUUCUUUGGAGAUGGAACUAAACUGGACUUUACUGGAGAGAGUGGUGCUCUGAACCCAACUGUCAUUGUUUUAGGAACCUUAAACAUCAUAUUUAUGGCAGCGCUUUUGUUUAUGUGCAGAAAAUUACACAAAAGUCAUCUGAAAGAUUCUGCCGAAAACCAGACAGUUCAAGUAAAUCAGACUGAAGAAACUGGAGAUGUGAACUACGCAGCUCUCAGCUUUAAUCAGCGUCCCUCCUCAAGAAGAAGCAGAACAAAGAACAACGAUGAUCAGUCUGUGUACUCACACGUAAAGAUCCGUCAAUAGAAACAAAAAAAUGUUUUAAAAUUACAUUUGAAAGUACAUUCAUUGUACCUAUUUCACGAGAAAUAUUCAUUUAAUAUAUGUAUGUAUUAAUGUCCUGUAUAUUGAAAACUAUCUAUAUAAAAGCCUGACUCUCUGAAUGUCAGUUUACUGUUUAGUAAAGAUAAAAACAUUGUGUUUAAUUUAAUUUUCCUUCAUUUAG